AUGGCUGAGGUUUCAUUCCUCUGCAAACAAACCGUGGUCAGCACCAAGCCGGUGCAGCCCGGUAAAUUCUACCCUCUAUCGGUUCUUGACCGUGUGAUGGAACGGAACCACCUCCGCGUGGUGUACUAUUACCGGACUCCGAUGAGGAGGGAGGCCGGAGAAUUGACUAGGAAGCUUAUGGAGUCUCUCUCGGAAUUGCUUUCCUGCUUUCCAAUGGUGAUCGGUAGGUUGGAGCAGAGCGAGGAAGGACAUUGGAGGAUCAAGUGCAACGACGCGGGAGUGAGAAUGGUGGACGCGAGGGCGAGAGGGAGUGUGGAGGAGUGGUUGAGGAGUGUGGAUAGAGAGAAGGAGCUUAAGCUUGUUCAUUGGGAGGACAUGUUUCACAAGCCCUAUUUUUGGUCUACCUUUUAUCUUCAGCUCACUGAAUUUGAAGAAGGCGGACUAGCAAUUGGUUUGAGCUGCACACAUCUCCUCUCUGAUCCCAUUUGUGCAACUAUGUUUAUCAAGGCGUGGGCGGACAAAACCCUAGGCGGCAACAUGGUUACUCCUCCACUAUUUCACCCACUGCCACCACGAAGACCGGGCAAUAGGAACAUCAACCACCAGCCCUACACACACCUAAUCACCUACUACAAGUCCUAUUUUGACAAACCAGCUCCAACCAUAAACGUGCCACGAUCAACUGUAACGCUGACAUUUACUAGCGAAAUGGUGCAAGCCUGCAUGGCAAUGGCUAGAAACCCUAGGGCACCGGAUGGCUCAACCCCAUCGCCUUUUGAGGCUCUAGCUGCACUAUUUUGGAUAUGCAUAGGCAAUGUGAAGGGAAUGAAAAGUGGCCUAACCAACAUGUCUAUAUGCUUAGACAUGAGAAAGGUGUUAGGGUUAGACAAAGGCUUCUUUGGAAACUGCAUGGUUUAUAACAAGGUCCAUGGUGAGGUUUUGGAAGGAAACCAGUUAUCAAAAGCCAGUAUGGCUAUAAGAGAAGUGGUGAGGAAGAUGGACUAUGAUGGGGUCAUGGACUUGAUCGAGUGGAUGGAGCGCGACGAUCACCUGUCUCCUCCAUUGAUGAAUGGUUGUGAUCUCAUUUGUGCUAAUCUAGAAGGCGUUGAUUCAUAUUCAGCUAUGUUUGAAGAUGGUUUCAGUCCAAUUCGCGCCUCGUAUUAUAUUGAGCCGGAGAUUGGAGAAGGUCAGGUGUUGAUUCUUCCAUCAUCACCACUUGAGGGACCAUAUAGUAGGGUGGUUAUGGUUACACUUUCAAAGGAUGAAGUUGUGAAGCUGUGUGAAAAUGCUCUGAUCCUUCAUUUUUCUCCAAAUAUUUCAAUGGGACUCAACAAAAACUGUACUUAG